UAACAGCCUUUCUUUCUCCUACGAGAUUUUUGACUUAGAAAAAUUAAUGGUUCAUAGAAAAAAAAAAGCUUGGAAUCUUAAUUUAAAUAAUACACAAUCUCAAUGGUAUAGAAAGUGGAUUAUAGAAUGGGAAGUUCCUAGAAAAUGUGUUCAUUCAUCAAUAGGAAUAAUUACAUUGGAACUUUAUAGACAAAGAUUUGAAGCAACGGUAAUUACAUUAUGUCUAGCUAUAUUAUUUAUACCAGCAUUUGGAUGUGAUCUUAUACGGUUUUCAGUUCCAGAAUUUAACCGUAUAUAUAUAACAGUUCUCGGACCGUUAAUGAGACAGAGCGAAAUUAAUACGUGGAAUGGUGUUAUUUUUUAUAUUAUAGGUACAUGGACAGUCUUAAUAAUAUUCCCUAAAGAUAUAGCAGUGAUAUCUAUUCUUUUACUUGCUUGGUGCGAUACAGCAGCAUCGACAAUGGGAAGAAUGUAUGGACAUUAUGGACCUUUAAUUCGUCCAGGAAAAUCAUUAAUUGGAACGAUUGCUGCAUGUGUUGUAGGGAUGUUAUCAGUUUAUAUAUUUUGGGGAAGGAUUGCUCGUUUCGAUGAGCCAAAUUUAUUAUGGUAUCCAUCGAGUCGAUUAAAUAUUCAUGGGCUAGCUUUAUUAACGGGAUUAAUUGGGGGAUUUACGGAACAACUUGAUUUAUGGAAGUUGAAUGAUAAUUGUGUAAUUCCUGUGAUGAGUGGAAGUCUUUUGUAUAUUAUUUUGAAGAGUAUUAAUAUAUAUACGUAAAAAAGGUUUUAAAAUCGUAUAUAUAGAGAGAG